AUGUUGCCGGAAACGCAGCAGUACACCAAGGUUCCCCUGCGGAAUCUUCUGCUGCUAGAAUUUGGACGUGACAUCUACGAGCUUCUGCAUCAGUUCGAUGCUAGCCGAUCCACGGAGAAUCCAACCCAACUUUAUAAGAUUGGCUACCGGCGCCCCGAUAGGGCCGAACCAAAUAAUGUCUGUAACACUUUACCAAACCCCGAUCAUUUGAACUCCACCAUGGCUCAGAAUUUUGAAGAUCAAAAUGUAACCACUACUUCCACCAGUGAGCCAACUUCUGAACUUCACCCGUACGGCGUUUUGGUGUUUGCAGCCUGCGCGUGGGUCAUCGUAGCUGUUUUGGGUAUAACAGGCAACACUAUGGUUAUUCUAGCUGCGAUUCUCAGUAAGCACGUCCGGACGACUACUAAUGUCCUGGUGGUCAACCUGAGUGUGGCUGAUCUAUGGACUUGCUUGUCUCUGCCUUGGUCAAGCGUGGCCUUGCUGAGUAAUGGUACCUGGCCUCUGGCUAGCGAGAUCCCGUGCCAAAUAGCGGCGUUCAUGUGGCACACCGGUCUAGGAGUUAGCCUGUACAACCUGGCUUUCAUUGCAUUGAAUCGUCUUGUCAAGAUAACUUGCCCAUUGGCCACCUACAAUCGCAUCUUCUCACCUCGCAAGAUGGCAUGCAUUGUAGCUCUAUCCUGGCUCAUCCCGAUCUUCGUUAUCAUCUUUCCACUCACUAUCGGUGUGGGGAGCUUAGGUCUUGAUCUCAGAGACGAUACCUGUACAGAUGAUGACUUACAUCCUCGUGCUGAUGACUACAACCUGGCCCAAACCAUCGGAUUCUACCCGAUCCCUAUGACCACUGUCGUCGUCAGCUAUCUCGUCAUCUAUAUCCAUGUCAGGCGACACUUCAGCAAACAACUCUCCAAGACACAUAACAAGGACACAGCCACUGAUGCCGUACAGCCCAAUGCAACCAGUAUGACAUCCAUAUCAACUACCGGUACUUCAGCUGAGAUUCUCGAGGAACGCGAGGAGCGUAAAGGUGCCGCAAGAAAGCGCAAAAUCAGCCGUCAGCAGCUCCAGAUUACCAAGAACCUCUUCUGGGUCUUCUGCGCGUUCACACUCUGCAUCUCGCCGUACUACAUCUCACUCUUCUUUGCUAACAGUGAUGUGCUCGCUCUGUACGGCGCUACCAUCUUGAUCUGCAACAGUUGUGUUAAUCCCAUCAUUUAUGGAGUCAAACACCCCCAGUUUAAGAAGGUACUCCGGCCGAUGUUGUGGUGUAAGUGGAAGAAAAUACCACAGCCGUCUGAGACACUUCAAGCGAUCCUCUCAAUACGCCAGAGAGAGAACACUUGA